AUGAGUGAUAACAUGCAAAUUGAUUCUCCAUCUCCAGAGAUUGACGAAGGGUUGUACUCUCGUCAAUUGUAUGUUUUGGGUAAGGAGGCCAUGCUUAAAAUGCAAAACGCCAAUGUCUUGGUGAUUGGUUUGAAAGGAUUAGGGGUUGAAAUCGCAAAGAACAUUGCUCUUGCCGGGGUUAAAUCUUUGAGCUUGUAUGAUCCUGAACCAGUAGAAUUAGCUGAUUUGUCUUCUCAAUUCUUUUUACGUGAAUCCCACAUUGGCCAACCUAGAGAUAGAAUAAGUGCUGAAAGUUUAGCUGAAUUGAAUGCUUAUGUUCCUAUUCACGUCAUUGACAACUUGAAUGAAGAAACGCUUGUCACAUUCAAAUGUAUUGUUGCCACAAAUAUCUCGUUGGAAGAGCAAGUUAGAAUAAACAACGUCACCCAUGACCGCGACAUUGGUUUUAUAAACGCCGAUAUUAGAGGGUUGUUUGGUCAGCUCUUUGUCGAUUUUGGUCCCAAAUUCACAAUAAUUGACCAAACUGGUGAAGAACCUAAAGGAGGAAUUGUUUCUGAUAUCGAAGCUGAUGGUACUGUAACCAUGUUGGACGACAAUAGACACGGAUUGGAAGAUGGUGAUUAUGUUAAGUUCAGUGAAGUUCAAGGUAUGCCAAAAUUGAAUGAUGGCAAUCCUCACAAGAUUGAAGUCUUGGGUCCUUUUGCGUUUAGAAUUAAGAUUGAUGAGUCCUAUGGAACUUACGAAAGAGGUGGGUUAUAUACACAAGUUAAAGUUCCAAAGGAUUUAGCUUUUGAACCAUUGUCUAAACAAUUACAACAACCAGAGUACGUCAUUUCUGACUUUGCUAAAUUUGAUAAACCAGCACAAUUACACUUAGGUUUCCAAGCUUUGCAUGCUUUCAAAAAUAGAAAUGGAGUUUUGCCAUUACCUUAUAAUGAAGAAAAUGCCAAUGAGGCAUUCAGAUAUGCCCAAGAAUUGGCUGCUCAAAACCCACAAUUAUUAGGUGAAGACAAGCUCGAUGAAAAGUACUUGAAGGAAUUAUUCUAUCAAGCCAGAGGUGAUAUUCCAGGUGUUGUUGCAUUCUAUGGUGGGUUAAUUGCUCAAGAAGUGUUGAAGAAUUGUUCUUCUAAGUUCACCCCAAUCAAGCAAUGGUUAUACUUUGACUCUUUAGAAUCAUUACCAUCUGCUGAGAAGUUCCCACGUAAUGCCGAAAAUAACCAAGCCAUUGGAUCCAGAUAUGAUAACCAAAUUGCUGUUUUCGGUAAGGAUUUCCAACAAAGAAUUUCCAAUUUGAAGGUAUUUUUGGUUGGUACUGGUGCCAUUGGUUGUGAAAUGCUUAAAACUUGGGCAAUGAUGGGACUAGGAUCUGGUCCUGAAGGUAAACUUUUCAUUACUGAUAACGAUACUAUUGAAAAAUCCAACUUGAACCGUCAAUUCUUAUUCAGACCAAAAGAUGUUGGAAAGAAUAAGUCUGAAGUUGCUGCUCUUGCCGUUCAACAUAUGAACCCAGAAUUGACAGAUAAAAUCGAUGCUAGGUUAGACAAGGUUGGUCCUGAUACCGAAGACAUUUUCGAUGAUGGAUUCUGGUCUCAAUUAGAUUUCGUCACCAAUGCUUUGGAUAACGUUGAAGCAAGAACUUAUAUUGAUCGUCGUUGUAUCUUUUACAAGAAGGCAUUAUUGGAAUCAGGUACUUUGGGUACCAAAGGUAACACUCAAGUUGUUAUUCCUAGAUUAACUGAAUCUUACUCAUCUUCCCAAGAUCCUCCAGAACAAUCUAUUCCUUUGUGUACCUUAAGAUCAUUCCCAAGUAAGAUUGAUCAUACCAUUGCUUGGGCCAAGUCUUUGUUCCAAGGUUAUUUUAGUGAUUCUCCAGAAAGUGUUAAUUUAUACUUGACUCAACCAGAUUAUGUUGAACAAACUUUGAAACAAAAUCCAGAUAUCAAGGGUGCCUUGGAAAACAUUUCUAAUUACUUAAACAAACGUCCAUACACUUUUGAAGACUGCAUUGUUUGGGCUAGAAACGAAUUUGAAGUUAAAUUUAACCACGAUAUUAAGCAAUUAUUAUACAAUUUCCCUCAUGAUGCCACUACUUCAAACGGUGCUCCAUUCUGGACUGGUUCAAAGAGAGCCCCAACUCCAUUAGAGUUUGAUAUUAAUAACAAGGAUCAUUUCAAUUUCAUUGUCGGAGGUGCCAACUUGUUAGCUUAUAUCUAUGGAUUAAAGGCACCAAAAGUCACUUUUGAAGAAUACCAAAAGGUAUUACAACAAAUUAAGAUUGAGCCUUUCCAACCAAAAUCUGGUGUAGUUAUUGCUGCUAAUGAUGCUGAAGCUGAAGAGCAAGCCAACAAGCUCUCCGGAUCCUUAGAUGAUGACGCUGUCACACAACUUGCUGCUUCAUUACCUGAACCAAAGGCAUUAGCUGGUUAUAGAUUAAACCCAGUUGAAUUUGAAAAGGAUGAUGAUACCAACCAUCAUAUUGAAUUCAUCACUGCUGCUUCCAACUGUAGAGCAUUGAACUAUAACAUUGAAACUGCCGAUGCUAGUAAAACCAAAUUUAUCGCUGGUAAGAUUAUUCCCGCCAUUGCAACCACCACUGCUUUGGUUACUGGUUUGGUAUGUUUAGAGCUUUACAAGGUUGUUGAUGGAAAGACUGAUAUUGAACAAUACAAGAAUGGAUUUAUCAACUUGGCAUUACCAUUUAUUGGAUUUUCUGAACCAAUAAAGUCAGCUCAAGCUAAGUAUAAUGAUAAGACGUAUGAUCAAAUUUGGGACCGUUUCGAUCUUGAAGGUGAUAUGACUUUACAACAACUUUUAGAUCACUUUGAGCAAAAGGAAGGAUUGACUAUUUCUAUGUUAUCAUAUGGUGUUUCUCUUUUGUAUGCUUCUUUCUUCCCACCAAAGAAGGUUAAGGAUAGAUUGUCAAUGAACUUGACCAAGUUGAUCAAAGAAGUCAGUAAGAAGGAGGUUCCACCUCAUGUUCACUAUUUGAUUUUCGAAAUCUGUUGUGACGAUUUAGAAGGUGAAGAUGUUGAAGUUCCAUUUAUUUGUGUAAAGAUUUGA